UACAUGUAAUUAGGAAUGAGAGCCUUACCUGUGUGGAUAUGGAUAGUAGCAGAGGCAGAAACCAUGUAGUCUAGUCUACCAAGAGUUCAUUCCUAAUGCAAUGCACUCUUGAGUCUACCACAUGGCAAUAGUCGUUUCCAGGAAUAUUUGGGGAAGUCCCUUGCCCCUAGAUCUAUCUAUAUUAAAAGUGAAAGAAGACUCAAGGCCUUUAAUUAAUAGCCUAAAGGACCUCAUUGUGGCAAGACAGGCUAGGUUAGGUUGUUCAGAUCUACACUGCAAUGGCUACCAGUAUUGACCAUGACUCUGUUGUAUCAAGGUCUUCAAGCCAAGUACGGUCCGUUGAAUAUCUCACCAUGCGCAAGUGUACCUCAGUGUUGAUCGACCUCGUUAAAUCGUCUCUCAGCACUAUAGGCCCUGCUUUUUUCGCUGAAGAAUAUAUAGGUGAGACCACUAGAGAUCUAAUUGGACCAUCCAGUAAAACAAGUGAUGUUGAAAGAGCACAAAUACUUGUGGAUCUGAUGACCGAUCAAGUUCGAGCUGAUCCUAGCAUGUACAUGAAGUUUAUCACCCUCUUGGAAAAGGAAGGCCCCUGGGUCGAGUCAUUCUUAAAGAAUGUCAAGCAGACGUAUAGCUCGGCUUCCCUUGAAUUUCGUCUAUCGAUGAGCUGUGAUGAACUGAGUGAUUGGCUUUCUGGCUGUGGAAUCAGUGCAACCACUGUUUCACAUUUUAAAGCUCAAGAAGUUGACGGAAAGACCUUUGUGAGGCUACCAGUAGACAGAGGAAGUCUAUCAAGGGAGCUCAGGUGUGACGUAUCUGCUGGAUCACAUAACAAACUCCAGCCCCUUCUUAACCAAGCUAAGAAGGUGACCUCACAUUCAGAUUCCAUAACUUCACCAGGGCCCAGCUUUUGCUGUCCAUAUUGUCAAAAAUGCACGCUUGAGCAGUACUUGUCAGAAGGGUGUCCAGAGGCGACUGGCAAAACUCUCUUUCCAUAUCUCAACACACCUGCACUCUCUGAUGAAGAUCGAUCAGUACUAGAGGCCACUCUCACAUCUGAUACUCUGAAGAUGAUCGAGCUCUUUGCUUUAACUGACACUGCUAUUCUUCAAAAUCUCAAGGCGGACGUAACAGAGGUCAAAAAUUAUGUUUUGGGUUUGGUUUCAUCUUUGGGAGAGGAGAAAUAUAUUGCAAAAGUAGAAAAAGCUGAUACGAUUCCACAUAUUUUUGUUGCCCUUUGGCCAUACAAGUCUUUCCUCAACCACAAGAUUGUCAAUAACAUUGUUACUUUCUUUGGCUCCGAUGAAGACAAGAAGAUCAUGGAGGAUUACCAAAUUGAAUUUAGCAAAUUUUGUAGAAGAUGUGCUUUUGAGAUUCCCUGCAACAAGCUUCCCAGCUCAAGGAAAGAUCAAAAAAUAUUGUCAGUGAAAUUAACUUCAGAAGGCUCUUCUCUUCGUGAUGCUAUUUUGGCCAAAGAGACCAUUGUUUCUAUCUUUGGCGUGAAGCACUGGGCACUUCGCUUAUGCAGUAUCGAGAAGGGAUGUAUGUGUCUGAGGUUCUUUCUGUCGGCAAAGGUUUUUGCUCAGUUUUUCCCACCCACGGUUUCACAACUAGCUUCUCUCUGUGAGGCAGGGAUCAGUAUUCUUGAAGAUGUAGCACUUACGAAUAUUAAGAGUGGUCAGGCAACAACAGCUGAUAGUACCCCAACCGGUGCUACAUGUAAAGACACAAUGAAGAGUGUAACUUGCUACACAACUAUGGAAACACAACAGGAAAUGAUUUGCUGGACCCGAUUCCUGAAGCAAAAUAAUGUGAAGCAGGGUAAUCUGUCACAAAUACUAAAGGGUUGCAUAGAUCAACGUGACAACAAUUUCGAUUGGACUGCAACUCAUGCUUUUGCAGCAAGCUCGGAAUACUUGGGUGUCGCAGUGAUGAAAUUGUUCUUUGAACUCUUGAAAAGUAUGGGACAGCAAAAGCAAAUUUUGCUCAAAGAUAAAGAUGGAGAUAUUCCUGUACAGAGUGCAAUUCGCAGCAAGACUUCGAAGGAAAUUAUUGAGCUAUUCCUCACCAUAGCAAAGGAACUAAACCUGGUAAAUGAUAUGCUGUGUUGUUGUAACAAGAAAAAUCAAACUCCGUUGUUGUCUGCAUUUGAUCACUCACACUGGGUUGCUGUAGAUGUUCUACUCGAGGAAUGUGUCAAAUGCAACAAACUGCCUGAACUCACAGGAGUAAACGCACCAGCUGGUCUGAAGUCCAAUACCCUUCUUCACCGGGCAUUUAAACGUGAAAAUAUGAAGUACUUCGAUAUCUUUCUCAGAGUAUGCAAUGCAAACGACAUAGAGGGCGACCAGCUUACAGCAGCAGUUUUAAUUCCUAACAAGAAAAAUGAGACUCCAUGGUAUUAUGCAAUUCAUCUGAGGAGUGACGAAAUGUUUGAGAACAUUUUGAACAUGGCAAAACGUUACCUUUCACUGAGUUUAUUGUAUGUGGACACAUAUUCUAAAUCAACCAUGUUACACGAAGCACAUCGUAUGGGAAGUGAUCGACGUUGCCAGUUACUGAAAGACAAUGGUACUGAAUACACAGCUGAUAGUAACGGGCUAUUCCCUAUAGCUAUUCAUACGAGACGUAUUAUUGUGCAGGAAGAUAACAUGCCACAAUCAGAGAGCGCCUCCUCUAGCUUAUGAAGCCAGUCAAGCUUCACUGGAUCUGAGAAAGAACUUUACGGAAAAUCUGAGCAGCCUACGUAGUGAGACUUCAGUAAUUAGAUCAUUCAUGAGUACAACCCCAAAUGAUAAUGUUUAUGUCUGUCACCCCCUUCAUCAUUCAGAUACUGUAUAUCAAUUAUAAUAGUAUAGAUACGUGACGUUAUAGUAUUACAAC